CCUCUGACGUUUGAUUGGCCCACUUGCCUGUCAGUUACUUCCAGCUGUCAGAUUCAGAAAUUCCAACCGCUUCUCUCCCAAAGGCAAUGAACCUGCACGCCUGGCGAGAAAUUUAAUCGGACAAAUGAUGAUUUGAGUAAUAGAGUCAAGGUGUUCAUCUCCCCUCCACAUCAGCCCCGGCCGUCACUAUGGAGACAGCCGGCGGAUACGUGUUCAUCCACGGGAAGAAUAUCUCCCACAGCUCCAUGACGAGCCCUGGCGGUGGUGUUGGUGGAGCUGCUGCUGGGCCUCACAUGUCCAUUGACAAGCUGUUUCCUGCACUGCUCGAGUGCUUUGGAAUCAUCCUGUGUGGAUACAUGGCUGGCAGGGCUGAUGUGAUCACUGAGAACCAGGCCAAGGGUCUGGGCAAUUUUGUCUCUAAAUUUGCCCUCCCAGCUUUGCUGUUCAAAAACAUGGUGCUGCUAGAGUUUGGUGACGUGAUCUGGUCCUUCCUAUGGAGCGUCCUGAUCGCCAAGGUGGCUGUAUUCGUGUUAGUGUGUGUGCUCACAUUAAUGGUUGCCAGUCCAGAAAACAGAUACGGCAAAGCUGGACUGUACGCCAUCUUUGCCACGCAGAGCAACGACUUUGCCUUGGGUUAUCCAAUAGUGGAUGCUUUGUAUCGGAGCACGUACCCGGAAUACCUGCAGUACAUCUACCUGGUGGCUCCCGUGUCACUCAUGCUCCUCAAUCCGGUCGGCUUUGCUUUAUGCGAGGUGCAGAGGUGGAGGAGACGGACCGACCACCAGGCGGAGCGAAGCACGGCCCGAGUGUUGGCAGUUGUCGCCCUGCAGGUGUUGAAGAACCCUAUCGUUUUCAUGGUGGUGGUAGGAAUUGUCUCACACUUUGCUCUGGGUCAGAAGAUCCCCGAAGUGCUGUCCCAGUUCAUCGACGGCUUGGCUAAUUCCUUUGGAGGGGCCGCUCUGUUCUACCUGGGCCUGACUAUGGUUGGUCAGAUGAGGAAGUUGACGCGAGACGCUGGCGUUGCCUUGAUUCUCCUCACCACUGCCAAACUUCUGUUGAUGCCGCUGUUCUGCAAAGACAUGAUAGACAUUUUGGAUGUUGGCGUCAACAGCACCAGCGCUAACCACACCAGCUUGUCCAACUUCGCUUUCCUCUACGGCGUCUUCCCCACAGCGCCCAGUGUGGCCAUCUAUGCCGGCCACUACGGCAUGGAGCUGGAGGUGGUGACGUCGGGCAUGGUGAUCAGCACAUUUCUUUCAGCGCCUAUCAUGUAUGUCUCGGCAUGGCUGCUGACCAUUCCACUCAUGGAUCCCGCACCUCUGGUGGCCGAACUUCAGAACGUCAGCUUCAACAUCAGCGUCGUUUGCCUAUUAGCACUGGUUUGGACCAUUGCUGUGCUGCUGCUUAGCGGGAAAUUCAAGCGUCUUCCCCACCUUUUUGCCUUAAAUCUCUUCUUAGCGCAGUUCCUGGUGUGUGUAAGCAUGAUUCUAUGGAACUUUCUGGCCAGACAAGAGGAUAAUCUGACAGGCAAAAUGCUGACGUUUGUGCUGCUCUACGGCUCGCUAUACAGCACAUACAUUUGGACGGGUUUAAUCCCGCUGUGCUUGGCGCUAACCAGCAGGGACGAUCUGCUCAGGCUGCGGCCAGCCGUUUUCAUGAUUCUGGGUUGGGGGGUGCCUUUCUUCGUGGUGGGAGGUCUUUUGUUAACAGGCCAGAGGACCGACUCCAUCGACUCGGCUUUCUUCUACGGCAAAGCCCAGAUUAUUAGCACGGCGGUAGUGCUGGCAGUCAGUUUGGUACUCGCCGCGGUUUCUCUGAUGGGCCUCAGCCAGGGAGAACGUGAGCAACGAGGCUACCACGUGCUGAGCCGCACGGUGCCGCUCACCUCCGGUGAAGAGCUGCUAAGGGUUCCUGCUGGUAUGGAGGACUCACUACAGCAACAACAGCCGCAGCAACAAGAGCACUUGGGGGAACUUUCUCCUUCCGCCUGCAGUGUUAACUCAGACCUCCACACGCCUCCCCUGCUCCAGUCCAUGCCAGAUAUGAUCACCAGCACACAAAGGAAUCGCUGCCACAGCACAGGCCACACGGAAGCGCUGUGCGACGGUCAUCAGCAGAGUUCGUCUUCUUCAGAACAGAUGCUCAAUUUAACUGUGCCUGAGCAUCGACAAGCCAUGGAUGACAAGCAGACAGUCAGACACGUUUUACUCUGUCUACUGCUUACCGUCAGCCUGCUAGCAAAUGUGUCAAGCUGUCUGUGGUGGCUGCUGAACAAAGACCCCGGUCGCCUCUACUUGGAGCUUCAGUUCUUCUGCGCAGUGGCCAACUACGGUCAAGGCUUCCUGUCUUUCGGGAUCUUCGGCCUGGACCGCCACCUCAUUGUCCUGCCCUUCAAGAGAAGGUUUUCGGCGUUGUGGCGAGGGCGAGACGCGGACGGGAACUGUCCUUCGGUAGCUCGCGAGGAGGUCCGACUCACCUGCACACAGUUUGUGCGCUACCACAAGGAGCAAUGUGUGCAAGGGCUGGUUCACGUGCGCAGUACCUCAGGAGAGAGUGCAAACACUCAGACUGGUGAAUCCUUGCUCUGAUGACCAUCAGUUAGAACCGGCACCGACACCAGCAUGACUUCUAGCUGACAUAAAGGCAGCAACCACCAUGAACCCUUCACAAAGUGCCUUACGGUGCCGUUCUUCCGUCUAUCAAGUUGGUCGCUGAUUUCACAUCUGAUCAAUUUACUCCUGUUGAGAUGUUUUUUUUUUUUUACUCUAAAGCACUAUAGUACAGACAUAAUGUUAGGUACACCUUCAUUGGAUGUGAAGUAUAGCCCACUUUUUCAAAUGACAGGCUUUUGGGAAAAAAGAUUGAAAGCAUUGUUAGAUGAAUACCUCGACUGACACUUGAGCAUUUUUAUCUUUCUUUGUUACCAAAGAAAUGGUACAAACGUAUUUUUAUCUAGGCACAUUAACUCAUUGGCUGUGGUUGACGGUCCCCCCAGUUCAAAUGGAUUGGACGCCUGUCACUGUCAAUGGCAGCCAAUGUUAACAUUUCAGCUGGGUACUUCCACUUAUGUCGUGGCGGUGUUCUCAUUAUUAAAUAUGCAACAUGCAUUUGAUAUUUGAAUAUGCACUGCAUUAUCUGAAAUCCAAACUUGGUACACUUUCCUCAGUCUCAAAUCUGUUUAUUGUAUUGUAUUUUAAAAAACAACAACAUUCAAAAAUGUUUUAAUUACAGUCAGAUAUGGUUUAACUUGAUUUAACUCAAAUUAAGAAAUAGAUUUGAAAAUUAAAAGAUGAAAUGUGAAAUAUUAACUCAUUGGCUACCAUUGACAGCGACUGACAUCCAAUCCAUUUGAAUUGAGAGUGCAUGCAGCGAAUGAGCAUUGAUGACAACCCUAAACCCUAACCCUUAAUUCGCUGUCAGACCUCCCAGUUCAAUAGAUUGGACAUCUAUCGCCGUCAAUGGCAACCAAUGAGUUAAUAAAUCAACCAAUCAAAUGAAUUAAAAACAAUCUGUGUAAAAACAUUGAUGAUUCUAAAUUAUUUUCACACAUCAUUAAUCUAAAGUACAACCAAAUUUACUUUAGAAAUACACCAUAUUUAUAUAAAGUGAAAAGUUUUAAAUAGUAAUAAUAAAAACAUUAAAAUGAAGAAAUACAUUAAAAAUUUUAAAUGAAAGAAGUCAAUUUAAGACAAUGCAUUUCAGGUACAGCAAGACUUGAUUGAAGUAAGGAUUGCGGUGAAAGUAAGUAUUAAGGAAACAAGUAAAUGAAUAUACCAAUUUAUUAAAAAUCAAGUAUACUUUCUAAUCCUUUGGAUGCUCACUGAGUUGAAGUCUUGCAUGAACCUUGGACUUUAAAGGCUUACUUUUCAGUUUCUGCUCUUGUUCCAAAUUUUGUUGAAAGCACUGUAUUACUGGAACUAGUGUGCAUCCGACUUCCUCCUGUUGAGUUGCUGCUAAUUACUUUCAUGAACUGUGACAAAAAAGAUGAUUGAAAUGUCUUUAUUUAUUUUGGGAUUUUAAUCCAAGUCAGUGUUUUAAAAAAUGGCACAUAUCCUCACGACCAUAUUUAUCUCUGUAAACAAAUAUCAUUGUGCAUCUUUACAUUAUGUUUACUAAUUGCACAUGUAAUCUCCACCCAUGUGAAAAGAGUGCACGUGUGCAUGACGUGUGUACAAAGUGUACCAAAAAAUUAAAAAGGUUUCAAAAAGUGCUGUUUAUUGUGCAUUUUUCUUGACAGAAAUUUAAAAAAAAAAAAAAAAAAAAGGACAAGACAGUACCAUUUGUUCGACAUGUUUACAAAAUUUGGUCAAAGAAGAAAAGUUGAAAAUCUCAUCCUCAGAGACACACAAAUGUGUUACUCAAAAAAUAUCUUAGUAUUAAGACAUUUAAGUGCUUCACAGGACGUAAAAAAAACAACGUAAAAUAAAAAAUGUUUGUUGAGCAAGCAAACAGAUGUAAUUAAAAUAAUAAUUUGCUGUCAAUGGCACCGCUUUCUGUUCACAGAGACGUCAAGGCUUGCGACCUACAGUUUUAAAAGUCCUCGUCUUACUUUGGUCAUCGCCUCUUCCAAUCGGUGUCCUGCGUGGCGUCCAUUCCCUCCACCUUGAGGUGAGUUUGACCGUAACGCUUGAUGAGCGCGCCCGGCACCAGCGCCACAAGCGCGAUAGCCAGCAGCUGGGCCAGUGUGGCCCAUGAGAAGAUGUCAUCCAGUGAGUGGAUCUCGGAAAGGAUGGCGCCCGUGCGCACGCAGAUGAAGUUGUAAGGUAUCAAACCUGCGAGAAUGAAACAAUGUGGGGAAGUGAUUGUAGCUAGCAUUGGUGGUUUGCGGAGGCGCUCACCGAUGAAGACUGAGAAGAAGAAGAUGGGCAUGGGGAUGUUGAGGACAGGACAGGUGAUGUUAAGGAACCAGUUAGGGGUCAUGGGAAAGAAGCGCAGGAAAAGGAGGAAAAAGAAUAAGCUGCUACGGUUUUCUUCUACCUGACAUGGAGUGGGAAGAGAGGAAGGAAGGAAGCGUCAUACCCAAACAGGAAAAAAAAGUUUACAAAAGAUCACAAAUAUCAACGUGAUAAAUUUGACAUGGAAAUGGGAUGAGUUUCAUGUGAGUAGUGAUGUUAGGUAUCUUAUACGUUUUUAAUUGAAAGGUUUCAUGUUUCAAUGUAAUGAUUGUUAAAACUGAAUAAAUUUCACAUAUCAUGGUGAUACGUAUAUCUCACGUUUAACAAGUUUACCUUAUAAGUAGGGCUACAACUAUUGAUUAAUUUUUUUGAUUAUUUAGUUUGAAUAAUCAAGUAAUCGAUUACGAACAUUCAAUGCAUUGCAGAAUAAAUUUUAAGAUUUUUAAAACAAACAAGUGGUAAUGCCUGCA